AUGACGGUUUCCUACGAAAAAAUGAACCCACCAUAUGAAAAUGCAUCAGUUCUACGAAGAAUUCGAAAGGUCGAUUGUCGUGUGUGGUUCUUCAUGCUUAUCGUUGGAGGCAUCGCAUUCGAUGUUACCAAACUGGAGUAUUUGGUUCAAUAUGGAUUCAAAAUCAAUACUAUUCACAUUCCAAUAUACCUGAUUUUCAACGCAUUUCUCAUGUAUGCAGCUGUCUGGAACCACAGAAUCCCAAUGAAAAUUGUCAAAGUUUAUUCGCUUGUACUCCUCCUGUUCUCCACCAUCAUCGCAACGUUGGCACCAAUCUGGAUGGUUUUCGAGUUUAAAAACGGCGCUCCAGAACAUAUUCGUUUUAUGAUGGAGCAUGGAGACAGUCAUCCAAUGGAGUUUCGUCAAAGUUUGGGAUACUGUAUCCUUCUAGAGCUGACGCUGGUUUUUGAUGCUGGAUAUUACGCUCUUCAAAUGUAUUUGGCGCGAAAGGUGAUUCAAAAAAUCGAAUGUGAGAGGAAGCAAACUCCAAUCGAGAUGGAUCCAAUUUAUGUUGCAUAA